UUUGCACACACACACGGUGGACACACACUCACGACACACCUAGAAACACACACAGACUCAUUUUGAAGAUGCCGUGUGUCAGCUCUCAUAUUGACCAGAUGGUGAAGAUGCCUUGUCGUUACACCUCUGUGGUUGAUAAAAUCUACAUGGUAGAGCAGAUCCUGUCAGAGUUCAGACUGAAUAAGGAAGAACUAAAAGAGGUCAUGAAGAGGAUGCAGCGUGAGAUGGUCAGAGGACUGCGUUUGGAGACGCAUGAAGAAGCCAGCGUCAAAAUGCUUCCCACUUACGUCUGCUCCACCCCUGAGGGAUCAGAGGUGGGAGAUUUCCUGGCUCUGGACCUAGGGGGGACAAACUUCCGUGUGAUGCUUGUGAAGGUGGGUGCAGAUGAGGAGAGGAGUUGGAAGGUGGCGACCAAGACCCAGAUGUACUCCAUUCCUGAAGAUGCCAUGACAGGGACUGCUGAAAUGCUAUUCGACUACAUAGCAGAGUGUAUGUCAGACUUUUUGGACAAACACCAUAUCAAGCACAAGAAGCUUCCUCUAGGUUUUACUUUCUCCUUUCCAGUGCGACACGAGGACAUUGACAAGGGAAUCCUACUUAACUGGACCAAAGGCUUCAAGGCUUCUGGUGCAGAGGGAAACAAUGUUGUGGGUUUACUCAGAGAUGCAAUAAAGAGACGAGGGGACUUUGAGAUGGAUGUGGUUGCCAUGGUGAAUGACACAGUAGCUACCAUGAUUUCCUGCUAUUACGAGGAUCGCAGCUGUGAAGUUGGGAUGAUUGUUGGCACAGGUUGUAACGCAUGUUACAUGGAGGAGAUGAAGACUGUGGAGCUGGUGGAAGGGGAGGAGGGCCGGAUGUGUGUGAACACAGAGUGGGGAGCAUUUGGAGACAAUGGGGAGCUGGAGGAGUUCAGACUGGAGUAUGACAGAGUGGUGGACGAGUCCUCGAUUAACCCCGGACAGCAGCUAUACGAGAAGUUGAUCAGUGGGAAGUAUAUGGGUGAGCUGGUGAGACUCGUUAUGAUGAAGCUUGUGAAUGAGAACCUGCUGUUUAAUGGAGAAGCUUCAGAGAUGCUGAAGACACGUGGCAGCUUUGAAACGCGCUACGUCUCUCAGGUGGAGAGUGACUCUGGGGACAGGAAACAGAUCUACAACAUCCUGUCAUCUUUGGGUUUGCUGCCAUCAGAGUUGGACUGCGACAUUGUUUGUCUGGUCUGUGAGAGUGUCUCCACUCGCUCGGCUCACAUGUGUGGCGCAGGACUCGCUGGUGUGAUCAACCUAAUGAGGGAGCGACGCAGCCAAGAGGCCCUGAAGAUCACAGUCGGGGUUGACGGAUCUGUUUACAAGCUGCACCCAUGUUUCCGUGACAGGUUCCACAAAAUUGUCUGGGAGCUCACGCCUCACUGCGAGAUUACCUUCAUCCAGUCAGAGGAGGGGAGUGGUCGUGGAGCAGCACUUAUCUCAGCAGUGGCCUGUAAGAUGGCUGCAUGUAUGCUGACACAGUAAGGGGAGCUGUUAACUGAGCACUGAAGCAAGCUUGGCUGAACUCUUAUCUGACAUCGUUGAUGACUUGUCAUCCAAAGAUGUGCAGCUCCUUUCUCAGACUGUGUUAACAGGAGGGAUCCUUAUCACUGGAUGAUGUUCAGACAAGAAAGCAGCAGACAUCUUCAUUUAUAGACUCCCUGUAGGUAGUAUUACACAAGCUUGUUGCAGUUUUAAGAUGUUUCUGAACAUGAGAAUUGGUUGACUGUUGCACUCAACAGCAUUAGGUAGCAUGAAAGCUUAUUUUAAAUACAGUACAUGCUCCUUUAGUGUCACUGUCUAUUGUUUUUGGGUAUGGACUGACUUAUUUUAAAUGUCUGAUGUAUUAUUGAUGAUGAUAUGUAAUAUAAAGCCAGUAUAAACUGGUUGAUGUACAAGUAUUAUUUUUUGUAAAUGUAUGACUAAAUUAAAUUCACUCUGUUAUUGUGUUGUAAUUUGUUUGUGAGGAAUGACUUUUGUCUUUGGAAUUGUAUAUUUAAAAUCAGUGUUUACAACUUCUGUGUAUUGGCCAAUAAGUUGUAGUCUCAUAUGUGCAUAAUAAAAUGUACUUUGAAUGUUAAUAAGCUAAACUGUAAAUAAAAUUGCUUAAUUAUAAACUAUUGUGUUUUAUUUUCA